CGAACGGAUGUGUUCCAACACUCGCGGAAAACGGGAAACACGUGCAAAAAAACAACAAACGAUCAUUGGUGUUCGAAAUUUAAAUGUGUGAGUGAGUGAUCGAAAUUGAAGUGGGAUUAUUAGUGUUGUGAAACGUCGACAUUUGAUAGUGUCGAUGUUUCGACUGUGAGCAGGGAUGGAUGGCGAGAACCGUAUAAUUUUGAACGUUGGCGGCAUUAGAUACGAAACCUACAAGGCGACUUUAAAAAAAAUCCCCGCGACGCGACUGUCGCGGCUGACGGAGGCUCUCGCUAAUUACGACCCCGUGCUCAACGAGUACUUCUUCGACAGGCACCCGGGCGUCUUCGCGCAGGUCCUCAACUACUACAGAACUGGCAAGCUCCACUACCCCACAAAUGUGUGCGGACCGCUGUUCGAGGAGGAGCUGGAGUUCUGGGGGCUGGACUCCAACCAGGUGGAGCCGUGCUGCUGGUCCACCUACAGCAUACACCGGGAUACGCAGAAUACCCUGGCAAUUCUGGACAAGCUGGACAUCGACAGCGAGAAGCCGUCCGAGGAAGAGAUCGCGCGACUAUUCGGUUACGAGGAGGCCUACCUCAGCGGGGAGCUGGGCGCGUGGCAGCGAGUCAAGCCGCGCGUGUGGGCGCUGUUCGACGAGCCGUCCAGCUCGCCCAGCGCGAAGGUGAUAUCAGCCAUAUCCGUGUUCUUCAUCUGCGUGUCGGUGCUGUGCUUCUGUCUGAAGACGCACCCCGACCUGCGGGUGCUGACACCGGAGGAGCAGCCCAACAGUACGGCGGUGGCCCCGCGCUGGGAGGACAACGGGCAACCUCACGUCGCCUUCUUCUACAUAGAGCUCGUGUGCAACGUGUGGUUCACUAUUGAACUGCUCGUUAGAUCGGUGGUAGCACCGAACAUCAUAGAAUUUGUAAAAUCACCAGUGAACAUAAUAGACUUCAUAGCUACAUUAAGUUUUUACAUGGACGUCGUGGUCGAGUUGGCCGUGGUCAAACGGAAUGUAGACCGAGCUGACAUAUUAGAGUUCAUCUCGAUAAUCAAGAUCCUGAGGCUGUUCAAGCUGACGAGACACAGUCCCGGGCUGAAGAUCCUUGUGCACACCUUCAAGGCGUCCGCUAAGGAGCUGACUUUGUUGGUCUUCUUCCUUGUACUUGGCAUCGUGAUAUUCGCCAGUUUGGUUUACUACGCUGAAAAGUCGCAGGACAAUCCAGACAACCAGUUCAAAUCAAUACCCCUCGGUCUAUGGUGGGCGAUCGUGACCAUGACCACGGUGGGCUACGGCGACAUGGCGCCCAAGACGUACUUGGGCAUGUUCGUGGGCGCUUUGUGUGCGCUGGCCGGCGUGCUCACGAUAGCAUUGCCGGUGCCCGUCAUUGUCUCCAACUUCUCUAUGUUCUACUCGCACACACAGGCGCGGUCAAAACUACCCAAGAAGCGGCGCCGAGUCCUCCCCGUGGAGCAACCCCGACGUAAACGCGACGUCAGCGCCUCCAACCGUCGCGUCAACGCUGUGAAGCACCCCGUGGUUCUGAAGGAGCUGCCAGUUAACAACAAAUUCGGUGUUAACGGCAUGAACAUGAUCAGCUUAGCACUCCAAGGUCCAUCAAACCUCCUGCGACCGCCUGCAGCGGCCGCACCUUUGCAAGCGAGGGCACCGAUAGUCGAGAGUCCUAUAGUCAACACGCAGUGCGGCGCCAUUUCCCUGGCAUCUCUGCAACCACCUCUGAUGACCGUCCCGCCCCUGCAACCGAGACCUGCAACCACCGGCUCCCUAGACUUGAUGUUACCUUUACAACCAAAACUGUUACCCGGUUACAAUCUACAAUCGUCGUUUCUAUCCAGCACCCUAUCAACAGUACGUCCACCAGAUUUACCAAGAAACGGCAAAACCGACUUUUACAAACCCAGUGUUGAAAUUAUAGUUGAAAAGAGAGAAUCUCUAUCAGAUUCAGUAAAAGAAACUAGUAAUGUUAAUAUUAGUAAUUCGGAUAAUAUAAUAAACUGUGAAAAUUUAGAUAGAGAUGUGAAUGUAAAUAAUUUAGAAGAUUAUGAAAUUGAUGAUGUGAAUGAAUUAGAAUUAGAAAUUAAUGAAAAUGAUGAUGAGUUAACUACCAAUGUUUCCAAAGAUGUAAUUAAUUCUAAUGUUAUGGAAGUUAAUACAGUUAACACAAGCCUCAAUUGCAGUUCAAAUGAGAACAGUCCUAAUAAUAACUCUUAUUAAUUAUACAUUAUUAUAAUAAUUAGUUAAUGUACAUACCUACCGAUAAUGAAUGUUUUACUAAAAAAUCUAGCUAUGAAACCCCAUUUGUUAAAAUUUAAAUGUCUAAAUUAAAGGUUAGAUAUAAAAUUAAAAUUUGAACAAUCCUUAAAUUUGUCACAAACAGAAAUUGUAAUGUUAAAAUUGUAAAAUAAAAUAAAAAGUUAAUGUAAGCUGUAACAUACUUUUAACUUUCAACAAUUUAAAUCUACCGAUUUAAAGGUAUGAUACUGCCAUAUUCAUAUUUCAAACUAAUGUAUUGAUGUAUUGUUAUUAAAAUAGGAUUGAAAUAGCGAUGAAAAAUAUGGGACCGUAAUCUUUAACUGAAAUGUAAUAUGAAUAGGGUAAAUAUAACGACAAAACAAAGAUAACGAAAUUAAAAUUAACAAUAUAAAAGCGUGAAGGCGAUAGAUUUGGCUUGAAAACUUAUUUUUUAAAGUCACAACUGUCACAAGGGACAACUUUUGUAAUAAUACUUUUUUGCCCUUAUUAAUCUAUACUAAUAUUAUAAAGCUGAAGAGUUUGUUUGUUUGUUUGUUUGUUUGUUUGUUUGUUUGAUUGAUUAAUCUCAGGACCUACUGGUCCGAUUUGAAAAAUUCUUUCAGUGUUAGAUAGCCCAUUUAUUGAGGAAUGCUAUAGGCUAUAUAUUAUCCCUGUAUUCCUACGGGAACGGGAACCACGCGGGUGAAACCGCACAGCGUCAGCUAGAUUCUUAUAAAACAAUCAUUUCUAAUUUACAUGGUUUCGAUAGUUCGUUACAGAAUUAUUUUCUAAACGCUUGGAUGCUUAAAAAAAUAAUUUAGAAAGAACUAAAUAGAAAUUGCAUUAUAUCAGCAUUUUUAUUGCAUAGAUUGGCAAUUAUUAUCAGUUGUUAUAUCAUAUUUCUGCGUUAUCGAAAAUUCUCAUGUUAGCUGUAUUUAUAUAAAUUUAGGAAAUUUCAAACAACUUGAAAUAAUAUGUUUUAGUCAAAAAAUUAAAAAAAAUAAUGUGUUUCCAUAACGUGGCAGAGUAUCAAUAUUUUAACACAAUUGUUUUUAUUUAUGAACAUACUGGGGUAAUUAUGUACAUUAUUUAUUAUAUCACGGGGUAAAUAUGUGCUAUUCAAAAGGGCAGUGGAUUUUCGUGUAGGUGUAGAUCAUCUAACAUUGUUAUUUCGAUGAAAUUAUGUUAAUCAUCGAGUGGCGUAAAUGUAAAGUGGUAGUGGCAAGUGGUAACAUUAUUUUAACAUAAUAAGUAACGUUAUUUUUGUUGAGAUAAUCAUUUUAGAUGAUUUCACAUCAAAACAAAAAAAGAAUAAUGCACCAUUGUUAAGGCUCAUGUGUUAAUUUGUAUAUAAUACAUAGUUAUCUCUUAGGUAACAAUUAUUGUAAUAUUUUGAUCAGUUGAUUUUAAUCAAUGGCGUGCAAAAGGUUAUUAAUUAGGCACCAUACGUAUAAAUUGUAGAAUAUGGAAAAUUCCUUGGCAAUUCAGGUUCGAAAUGAAUCCAUGAGCAUUUAGCUUCUUAAACUCUUGUUAAAAAUCUAACCAACUUUCAUCUUGACCAAAAUCUAGCUUCUAGUCACUAGUUAGUUUAUAGACAAUUUUUGUAUAUUUUGUAAAAUGAAAGACGUGACAGUGAUCAAAGUGUACAUUGUAAUAGAUACAUAAUUACUAUUUUGAAAAUAGUUCAAUAUUUCUUUUAUUCAUUUACUUAUAUAAAAGAACUAAUACGUACCCAUGUAAAAUAUCCUAUUAAAUAUUAAGGGUUCAAUAACUUAAUUAUAAUUCUUUUAUAAAAACUAAUAUUGUAUAUGAAUGUAUUUAUUUUUAAUUUUUAAUCUAUUUCUGAAAUUUUAUUUUACUAAAUCCCGUAUAUAACAUGAAAUAGCCAGAAAAUUUCGGCCAAGUGUAUGAUUAUGAUGAUAUACGGAAUGCAGAACUGGUUUUCCGAAGACAACCCGAUAACACCGUUUUCCUAAAGAAUAAACCAGACCAGAGCUGGUUACUAGUAUCGAUUUAACUGCUUAUAUCUGACUACCCAAGAGUUGUGAGGGGAAAAAAUGUCAACCUAACGUUUACAUAUUCUAUAGGCUUCAUACUCGCUCGAUUGCCUAGGGGUUACGCAACUACUUUAUACGCCUUUACCGGUAGGGUGGUAACUAGCCACAGCAGAAGCCUCCCACCAGCCAGACCUUGACCAAUUAAGAAAACCUCAAUCAGCCCAACCGGAGAUCGAGCCCAGGACCCCUUUCUUGUAAAUCCACUGCGCCACAGAGGCCGUCAAUUUUCGAAAUAGUUUCAUGGUAUUGGCUACAAAAAUUCAGGCUUCCUUAUGAGUCAAAAUCUAGGAAACCACGCUGAUACAAAAUCGAAGAGGUCAUGCCUAAAGCCAGUUAUGUAUUAUUUGCCAAGUUUUGUUAACUCUUUUAUUUCUUUUAUCACGGUCGUAGAAAAAGUUUUGUAAGCAGUAUGCUUAAUUAACAGUAAUAUUUUUAUAUUACUAAUAUU